GAGAGAGAGAGAAGAGCACUCCUCUCUUUUUUUGCCAACACACGCACAGAACUGGAGUUAUUUCGGCGAAUUCUUCCGGAGUCCCAGCAGGUGAAACGCAAGCACUAACUCGCGAGGGUUGUGGCUUAUCCAGAGAGCGCUCUGCUUUAGCCAAGGGGGCGGGCUUGUCUGAGCCAGGACUCGGCUGAUACCGAAGAGAGGAGGGAAUCCCCUCCACUCCGCUCCAGGACCCCCGGGGUUUGUAGAUGGUACUCGGUUGGAGCCUGUGCGCCACAACUGGCGGGAUCCGCACCAGGAGCCCGGCGGAGCUCUGCGCCAGGGACCUUUUGCGGCACCAUCCAGUGAUCUCAGGACCGCAGAGCAGGUAUGCUCACUUGCGACUGCCCUGCAGUUGGUGCCUGACAUCAGAAGUAAGAAGCAGGAUUUUAUGUCUCCAGGGACUCUGGAACAGACAGUUGGACAGCAGGGUGUUAUAAGGCAAGAUCAAAAGCUGCCUGUCUACUAUGGAAGGAAAUCCAGCAGAAUAUCCCGCAAGUGUGAUCAGAAAUCCAGCGAGCUGGGAAAUGGGAGUCUAUGGAUCUGGAGUCCUGAUUAUCCUGGUGAUAGUUGCAGUGAACCUAUGGAAACUCUGGAAAUCCGGAAGUUACCCUGCACCAUCUCCUUUCCCAAACUAUGAUUAUAGAUACCUGGAACAGAAGUACGGGACCUCAUACUCUGAGGUUAGGCAAAAGAGAACAGCAGCUUCAAGUUAUAAAAAGCCAACAGAGAAAAGUUUCCCCAGCCAGCACUCAAGCCUUAGGAUAGAUGAAGCCUAUGAAAGCAUCAAUGAGCUUGGGACUCUGGAGCUAAUGACAAGGGAUGUAGAGAUGACAUCUUAUGGAUCCAUGAAGAAAUCUGUGUCUACGGACUCUCUGAGUUCCAUAUCUUCGAUUGGUAACAACUUUGGCCAUGAUUUCACUGUCGGCCAGAUUGAGAUGUACUUGGAGUACGACGUGAACUCAAACACCAUGCAUGUCACUCUGGUGCAAGGGAAGGAUUUGCUAGAGAAAGAAGAUGCCAAUUUUGAAUCUUGCUUCGUGCGCAUCAGUUUGUUGCCAGAUGAACAGAUUGUCGGAAUUUCUCGGAUUCAGAGGAAUGCAUUCUCUGUGUUCUUCGACGAGAAAUUCUCCAUUCCGCUGGACCCCUCUGCUCUCGAGGAAAACAGUCUUCGGUUUUCUGUAUUUGGAAUUGAUGAAGAUGAAAGAAAUAUCAGCACAGGUUUGGCAGAUCUCAAGCUAUCAGAUUUGGACCUCACCUGUCGACCCUUCAACGCCUGGCUUUAUUUACAGGAUGUCAAUAAGGCAACCGAUACAGUUGGAGAGAUCCUGCUCUCACUCAGUUACCUGCCCACAGCAGAGCGGCUGACAGUGGUCGUAGUCAAAGCCAAAAAUCUCGUCUGGAACAAUGGAAAGACCACCUCCGAUCCGUUUGUGAAAGUUUAUCUCCUUCAAGAUACAAGGAAAAUAAGUAAGAAAAGAACAGCGAUCAAGAGAGAUGAUCCCAAUCCAGUUUUCAAUGAAGCCAUGAUAUUCUCAGUUCCUGCAAUUGUUCUGCAGGAAUUAUCCCUACGAAUAACAGUGGCUGAAUGCUGUGAAGAAGGGAGAACUGAGAAUAUAGGCCAUGUAAUCAUUGGACCCGAGAGCAGUGGGAUGGGGGCUACUCAUUGGAAUCAGAUGCUUGCAACGUUAAGGAAACCUGUCUCCAUGUGGCACGCUCUCCGAAAGAACUAAUGCGAGAAACUUUGAUGCGUCCUUAGCACUUGUAUAAGUAUUUUGCAUGAUGUUCACAUUCUUAAACUUUAAUGCUGGUGCUUUGGGAAAUGCAACUCUGAGACACGAUUUUUCACUACACCCUAUCAGCCUAAUAGUGGGAAAUUGGUAGCAGGACAACAGAAGAACAAAUUGCAGAUCAAAGUGAACUUGGCCUAAUAAAUGAAUAUAUCUGCUUGCUACUGGAGCUGCUGAGAAGCAGCCAACCCACUGAAUAUUUCAUAUAAAUGGUGCAUACAUAUAUAAAGUAUGGUCAUAGGUAUUAAAGAUGCAAUCUAUCUAAUGCUACCACUUGUCAGAAGGCAUAGUAGAGUAUUCUGUAACAGCUCCAAACCCACAAAAAAUCUUAAACAUCAACUUGAGAUUAAAUCCUUCCAAAAAUGCUUCCUUUUACAAAAUAUUUAUCCUAUUAUGGAGGGAAAGAGUGCCAAAUAUGACCACUAUGUAUUGCUUAGUAGUCCACACAAGUCAGCAGCAUCUUGAAUGUAUAACACUGAACAUAAAGGAUAACAAGUUAUACAUGUUGCCCAAGAAACAAUGUGCAUAUUCUAGCAUUUUGUUAAGGUUUUUCUCCAGUUACUGAAGAGAACUGUUUAUAUUGUACGUAGAGCAGUAGAUUGGUGGGAUUAAUUGUGGUUCUAUGUGAUAAUGAGUUAGUUUGCAACAAACAUGUUCACAAGUUGUCCAUGCAAAGAUAUAUAUUUGAAUAUUGUAUUGAGCAGUAGAUGGUAUUGAUUAAUCAAAAAAUUAUAUGUAUUUCCCAAUCUUUCCUGAUGAGUGUGAGAUAUGAAGAGUUGCAGAUAUAUUUUAUUGGACUUCUCCAACUUUUGGUUAUUUUACAGCAAAACUAAGACAAAAAAUGUUUGUAUCCAAUAGUCAUUUAUAUCAUUCUGACAAUUACCACACGAUCCAACUUAGUUAAGAAGAAACACUAGCUCCAAAAUAAAGAAUUGUAUUUGAGGCUUACACCUCAUUAGAAAAUAAUAUUUUCCCCCAACUUUAUUAAAAUAUUUAACAGAAGCAUAGUUCAGAAGCUUCCUGUUAGAAUUUCAGUUGGCACAGCCUUUCUAAUACAUAUUGCAGAAGCUUCCAAUGUAGAAAUGAAGGAGGGAGCAGUACUGACUUAAACUCUUCUUUCCUUAAAAGUAUCUAAAUUAUUCCUCCAUGCACCUUUGGUGCUUUGGGCCCUUGCUUUGGACCUUACAUAAGGGGAAUGGCCACUUCAUCUCAUUAGAUUCUACUUGAGGACAUUUUUGAUAGGGAAAGAAAUUGCUUUAUUGAUAGUCUGUAUUUCUAUUACAAUGUAGGCAAGAACAUAAAACAUUUUUAAAAUAUAAUUAACUUCAUUAUAUCAAGAGGUUUUUCCAUCAGAGAAUCAAUUAGCAAAUACCAUAUUAUAAGUGUGGAAAUACCAUACUGUCUGUAAGGAGUUUGUACUCUCUCUCUGUGGCCACAUGGGUUUUCUUUGGGUGCUCCAGUUUCCUCCCACAAUCCAAAGACAUACUGGUUGUUUGGUUAUUUGGUCAUUGUGAAUUUUCCCGUGAUAGGCUAGGGUUAACCAGGCGAUGCUGUGCAGCAUGGUAUAAAGAGUAGGAAGGGCCUAUUCCGAGCUAUAUCUCAAUAAAUAAAUAAAACAAAAACAGGAUUGACAUAAACUCUGGUUCUCACCUUGUUAGGCUGUGCACCCUCCCCAUUAUUCUGGACGAUUAAGAUAUAUUUUUACCCUGAGAACCUCAGAGAGUGAACUGUUGUGAUAACGAAUAAGCAAUAAUUAAAUCAGAGUAUUAAAAAUGUCAUGCAUAUGUUAGAUCAGCUUGUUCAGAUAUUGAAAUUGUUGCAGUACUAUUCUGCAGGAUUCCUGAUGAUAACCUUUGAGAAACCAUUCUAUAAUUAUUUAUAUGUCCAAUUGCCAAUGUCUUGUACAUUAUAACUGAGUAGACUCCACUGAUUGAUAGAUCAAUGGUAUAUUUGUUUCGCACUUCACUCCAGCCUGAACGGUUAGAACAGCCUACUCUUUGACAUUAAACAACAAGUAUUUCUAACUAAAGUCCAAACCAAAGGUCACCAUUACAGGUUUAAUUAAUUUUAUAUAAACUUCUGAGUGAGCAAUAUCAGAGUUAGAGAAGCGACUCUCCAAGCUGCUGUUGGGGUUUAUUGGUCAGCAUGGAUUUUGUGAAGCAAAGGAGCUUCUCCAUGCUGCAUGACUCUGACUCUAAGUAUUCGAUAUUGAAAGAAUGUAUUCAAACAUGAUGGCCAGAUCAACAUGGUAAUGUUUUUGCAUUCCAGUGCUUCAGUGUUUGUCCACUGUAUUUACCUACGUGUAGAUUUUGAGAACUCUGUUUAAUCAUUAGUGCUAGUAACUCACUGAGAACACAUUGGGUAACUAAGUUUCCUAAAAUAAUGGCUCGAGGUUUUUUGGAUUUAACUGAAAGAACAAAUCUAAUUUGUACGUUGGUUUGGAUUAUAGCUCCAAUCCAGAGCUAUUUUUCUCAUGUCAUAUGAUGAAAGAAAUCCUCUGUUCCCACUAAAUAUAAAUAUAAAUGAUCCAAGUUCUACAUUGGCUCAGCUGUGAUCAUUUUUCUCAGCAUCACUGAAGUCAUAGAUUCACGUUCCACUCACUCAAAGGUAACAGGCUAAAUUGCCAAUGUAGGACUGAAGAGCGACUGCUUUGCCAGGCGUCUAACUUUCAGAUAUUAAACCGCGUCCCCUCCUUGUAACAGAUCAAGUGAUAGCCCUCUUUGAAGAAUAUUUAUUCUUCUGUACAUUUAAUGAUAACCUUAUUGCCGUGUGCACUAUAUUAUUAUAAGCUGAUUUAUUUCCCUACAUUGCAUUAUUGGCUGUGAAUGGCUUUGGGUCAAUCUUUCUUUGUUGAAAGAUCUAUACAAAUGCAAUUUCAUUUUCAAUAGGCAAUAAUAAUCAAAACUGAUAAAGAUUAUUUUUUCUGCUUCCAUUCAACUAAACAGUUAAACAAUAAUAACCGUAAACACUUUUGCACUAUAUUGCAAAAGCUAAACUACAAAAAGUAUAUUCUGUGUUUUUUUUUAAUAAUCUUGCAAUAAAAAGGUACGGUAUAUUUACCAAUGUUUUCUUGUAAAAAGGGCAGUGGAACUCUUCAAUUCUCUCCAACAUCAGUGACUGCUAAUUAAAUCAAAAUUUUCACCACUCUAUUUGCAAGAUGUUGAUUAUAUAAGGGUUUCAAAGGAUGUGAAUCAAUAAAUGAGUUAAAUAGGGUUGAUCAGGUAUGUUCAACAAGUUUUAUACAACUUUUAGCUACUCCUAUUCAAAAAUAGAACCUGCAUGAACACUCUAAAGUCAAGAAGGGCUAUAGGGUUAUGUUUAGAACAGAGAACACAUUGUAUAAGGUAAGUACAAUUCUAUAAAAUAGAACAAAGGAAAUAUCAUUACAUCAUCAAAUUAUAGCACACUACAGCACAGAAACAGGCUCUUCUUCCCACCUAGUACAAGCCGAACUGUUAUUCUGCCUAGUCUCAUCGACCAGCUUCCAUUCAGCUUUAUUCCUCAAUAGCCCUCCCAUUCAAGUACCUUUCUAAAUUUCUCUUAAAAGUUAAGAUCAAACCUACAUCCAUUACCUCAGCUGGCAGCUCGUUCCACCCUCACACCGCCCUCUGAGUUAAGAAGUUCCCCCUCAGGUUCCCCUUAAACAUUUCAACUUUCACCCUCAACCCACAAUUUCUAGUUCUAAUCUCACCUAAUCUCAGUGGGGGGAAAACACUGCUUGCAACUACUCUAUCUAUACCUUUCAUAUUUUUAUAAACCUCUCUCUAGUCUCCCCUCAUUCUCCUGUACUCCAGGGAUAAAGUGCUAAGCUAUUCAACCUCCUCCUAUACCUCAGGUCCUCGGAUCCCAGCAACAUCCUUGUAAAUUCUGUACUCUUUCAAUCUUAUUGAUUUUUUUCCUGUACUAAUUUGCCAUUUCAUAAUUAUCAACAAUACUGACAAGUUAAUUCAUUCCAAAAGAGUAAAUAAUAAUGUACUAUGAAGUAAAUGGUGGUUAGAUAGAUUUUUUAAAAUUGUAUUUACACUGGUAAAUUUCAUGUGCAACUUUUUUGAGCUUUUAAGGUUCAUUUUGUGCAUAGCAAGCUUUGUUGUUUCCAUUAUUUUGCAUGGUGUAAGUGCAUCAGGGUCUAUAUAUUCUAUCAAUCUGCAUCAAAACUGAUGUCAUUUAAGUUCACUUGCUACUUCAGGAGGUACUGGCAACAUCCAAGACCUGUUCAUUCUCAUCAGCCAUUUUUGAUUAAUCUCUGCUGAUGUUGUGUCAGUGGUCAGUGCUGUCUUGUGCUUUAUUUGUUCUUUCUACACACUUGCUCAUCUUCAUCCUUAUUUCUCACUGUGUAUCCCACCAGGGUUAUAAUUGCAUCUGUUGGAGGUUUUAUACUCUGUUGCUUUCUUCCCAAGCCCAAACCAGUUCUUUAAGUGAACAUUUAUGUUUGGAAUUUCAAAGAGGUUUUUCUUUCUCUAAUUUCAGUGGAAAGUUGUUUGAAAACCCAGAGGAACUAUGUAAAGAGCUACUGUACAAUUUUAUGUGGGUUUCCAUUAAUUUUCCUUUGCAGUAAUAGCAGGUGAUUAGGUAAUCUUUACCCCUUUUGGUACUGAUUUUACCAUAAUUACAUUUGAAAUACAAACUAACACACUUGAAUAGUAUGCGUGAAUAAAUCAUUGAACAAAUUGUGUAAAUUAUAAUUAAUACGGUAUAUAAUUGGUAGAUAAGAGAUGCAUUUUGGCCAAACAUAUAAUGGCCUCAUCUAUUCACAAUGAGGCAAUCUUAUGUUCUACCUUUAUGUCCUCUAUCUCCUUUUGAAUGAUGUUUUCAAAGUCUCAGUGAGUGAUUCCAUUAGGAUAAUAUUUCACAUUCUGCAGUUCUCACAUUAUUUAUUGAAUAAUUAUCAUUUGUCAUGAAACAUUAUUUUCCUCCCUUGUUAUCCAAUCUCAUAACAGGUAAGAGCGUUCUGACAUACAGCUACAACAUAUCACCAUGUAUUUUUGUUCCUGCUGGGUUUAAAUCCUGGAAAUUGCUAAGCCACAUCACCUGGAAGCAUUUUCAUCUUAUGUUUGUUGAUUUAUUACAACACAAGAGACCUAAUUUCCAUGGCUGCUCCCAGCAGAACCAACUUCUCUGGGGCAACUAGGGAUGAGCAGCGUUGGCUGUUUUCUAUGCUAAGAGUGAAGGUUUCAAAGAGUCAGCUAUGUUUAACUAUCAGAUCCAGUAGUAGUGGUGAAAUGUAUUGUCAAUAUUCAUGAUGAAUACCAAUAUGGGGAUAUGGAAAAAGUGUGUUCACAUAGAAAAUAAAAUGUCAGUCUUGUCUAGUUGAACCAAUUGGCCUGUUGUCAUUUCUAUAGACUGAAUCUUCCUAGACCACUCAGAAAUACCUCUUGUAUUUCCCACAUUCUCCAGGGUAAGAUGGAGAGGAUCCGUUUCACUGGGAAUUCACAGUGUUGAGUUAGGAGAAGUGGUAUUAAUGGCAAUUAGUGCCAAAGGACUACACCAUGACUACCACCAUACUGUUUUCACAGGCCUAACCUGUUGGGCCUUGGCAGGCUUUAACAGAAUGUAAAGCAGGAGCCGGACUUUGCUAGUUUAUAAAACUUCAACUUUCUAAAUAUACCUGAAAGUUAGUCACUUAAAAAUGAUUAAAACUAAAACAAAAUUUUAAAGGAAAUUUUAAAGGGAAAAGGCACUGUUAAAAAUAAGUUCCCCUCCUCCUCUUCCACAUCUGUAGAGUUAGAAUCUGCAUUAUAAUCAAUAGAGUCCAGAAGCCUGCACAAGAUCUCAUUGGCACAGGGUAUGAGAGGGUGUGUGAGAGCCCAGAAAGAUUUGUUCCUGUUUUUGGUCCUCAUGGUUGAAGUAAGUCUGGGAUUUAGUUCUGUGUGAAUAGCGGACUGCCACAGCUAAUAGCAUUGAGUGAAUGAUGGUGCAGAGCAAGCCAACCUUCUGGUAUUCCAUGGCUUGCUGCUGUCUCUCAUGCAGAUCCCUGGUGAGUAUAAUUUUGAAAAUGUUGCCUUUAUGGUGCAAAACACUUUUUCUCUCAAUGACCAGUGCCAUCACUCUUAAUACUCCAUGUAUUAGUGUAAGAAUACUCAGUGCUUUUUUUGGCCUUGUACAUUAAGAUAGAGUAUUUUCAGUAAUAACAGUGUAAUGAAUACUGUAAUGAGUACUGCAAUGACUACAGUAAUGAAUACUGCAAUAAAUUGAGCAAAAUAGAG